AUGCCGGAUGUCCGGACAAACAUGCGGCUGAUGUUUGAGGCCAGCGAUGAGUUUCUGGCGGCCAUCGCACAACGAAUCUUUGCGCUGCUUCCCGAGACGGUGGACGCACGACCGCCGCCUGGCGAGAGCAAGACAAGCGGGUCGUGGCGGCUGAUGCCCGCAGGCGAAGCGAUGCUCAACAACCGUAUCCGGCUGUACCGAUACGCGCGCGAUGAGGUCUUCCUCCCACACUUUGAUGGCGCCUAUCCGCGAAGUGCUCGCCAGGUCAGCAUGCUCACCUUUCUCAUCUACCUCGGUGGCGGGCUCGAAGGCGGUGAGACGACGUUCUACCCAGAAGGGCGGACAUCGUUUGCAAGCGAACCCGGCGAGGUGGAGCCGAUUAAGGUUGCACCGGCAGCAGGGCGUGCGCUGUUCUUUGAGCACGGACCAUGCUACGCCUCGCCGUUCCACGAGGGCACCCCGCACACCACCGAUGGCGUCUACAAGUAUGUGUUCCGAUCGGAUGUGAUGUACGAGUGGGAAGCGACCCACAGCGAGGCGGACAAUGAGAACUGA